GCACCAUGUAAACAGUGGCGGAAUGGUCCGAUCUGGGGCGCCAAAUUCCCAAUGUAAUGGCGUGUUGCACAGGCUCACAAUCCACUUUGAUAAGACAUAAUUGUUACCAAUUAGUCAAUGAAUAAGAUAGCCUAUAUGGCUAAGCGCAUAUGGCCAGUAGUAUCAAGCAGUAUAGUAAUCUGUGGGCAAGAGCUUUCAGUUUGCUGAGAACAUCAUUACUCUCUACCAUAAUCUUACUUUCUAGACCUGGAAGUAAACAAAAUGUGGUUUUUUGGAAACCCGUCUGAGCCUGAGAGCUCGAAAGUUCCACCAUCCGGUGCCUUGCCGGCAUCAUGGUACCGCUCGCCAAGUAUGUACGAACUUGAAAGACGAGCCAUUUUCUCACGAAAAUGGAUCCUCCUGACACACUCAAUCAGAAUCAACCAGCAAGGCGAUUACCAGUUGUUUACAUAUGCCGGGUUCUCCUUUUUCCUCAUUCGAGAUCGUGAUGGCAAGAUCAAUGGUUUUCACAACGUCUGCCGCCAUCGAGCCUAUCCAAUCGUGAGGGCCGAAUCUGGUAAUGCCAAGAUAUUAAGCUGUAAAUAUCAUGGGUGGUCGUAUGGGCUGAAAGGAAACCUUGCGAAGGCACCAAGAUUCGACACUGUGAAGGACUUUGACAAGUCACAACAUGGUCUUCUGCCAGUACAUGUCCAUGUUGACAAGGUCGGCUUCAUAUGGGCGAACCUGCAAGCAGGCGAACCCGACGUGAAGUGGGAAGACGAGUUCAAGGGCAUUGACGAGAAACCGAUUCUUAAAGAGUUUGAUUUCGAAAAUGAGUUCAAAUUCGAUCACCAAUGGGAUAUGGAUGUCAAGGCCAACUGGAAAGGUCUGAUUGACAACUAUAACGAAUGCUACCAUUGCCCGACAUCGCACCCUCUGAUUGCCGGUGUGUCUGACCUCACGAAAUAUCGUGUCGAGCCGGAUCGCGGUGCUUUGGAGCACACCAUAAUCAACAAGAACAUGGAGGACAACAGUUUUAGGAGGUCGAUCACCUUCUUCUCUCCUUGCACCUCCGUAACGGUCACGGAGCACUUCUUCUAUAUUCAACGAAUGAUUCCCGUUUCCGCAACGACGAGUAGAAUUGAAAACGAAGUUUAUAGGCACAAUAAUGCAACCGACGAGAAGUUCAAAGACCUUUGUGCCUUCUAUGCCCAGGUACUUGACGAGGACAAGGAUCUCUGUGAAGGGGCCCAAGAGAACCUCAGUGCCGGUGUAUACGUGACGGGCGAAAUGCAUCCAGACAAGGAGAAGGGCCCACUUCACUUCCAGAAUUCAGUACGUGAGGAGGUCAUGGAGCAUCGUAGGCGUGAAGAAGCUGCUGGUCACGAAAUCUGGCCGGCAGCCCAGAAGGUAGCAGGUGAAAUGAGAACGGGGAAGUUAUCGGAGGAAGAACAGUUCUGCUCUCAGUUGGAGGCCGAGUCUUGUCAGAUGAAUGCACAACUAGCAUGGUAAGAAAGAAUCCCGUCAAGUACUGGAAAGCACGAUCAAACUCGCUAGUUCCAAACGUGAUGCUUUAAUGAACUAUGAUAUUUCGAUG